UCGAACGUAAACCUCAUCUGGGUUUGAGUACAGUUUGAACUCCCGCGAAUAACCAGACUUGAAGAAUACCAAAACUUGCCGCCUGCAUCUUUCCUCUCCCUUUCUUCCUCUCUGAAUUUCUUGUAUUUUUGUUUGUCAAUUCUCUGAAAUAAUCCCUUUCCUUCACUCCCUUCCUCAAGAAUGACUUCCAAAGCAAAGCAUCCUUCUUCUUCUUCUUCUAUAUCAUCACCUCCACGUCCCUUCUUCAUCAUUCAUUCAGUUCCCAAUUCAGCAAUCUUCAAAUUUUCUCCCCAUUUCUUGUCUCAAUUCUGUCUUCUCUUUCUGUUUCUGCCACAAAAUGGAAUCCCAAGAUCCUAUUUUGGCAUCUCAGAAGUCCAAAAUUCCCUCCGAAGAACCCGAAACAAACCCUCAAGAAACAGUACCCAUCACUCCUCUGAUUCCGCCAUUCAAGUACUCAAACCGGGUGGUCCUGAAAAGUAUUGUAGAACGAAGUGAUGCAGGGGCUGGAUUAGUGGGUGAGACUAUGGUGAUUGGUGGGUGGGUGAAGUCUUCCAAGGAGGUGAAGAAAGACCCUCCGGGCCAGUUGCUGUCAGAGGAUAAUGAUGGGGCUGUUGUGUUUCAAGGGCAUAAAGAUGGCAGCUGCAUCGACAUUUUUCAAACUCGAGUACCCCUUUUCAGGUCUAUAGCGAAUGCUUUUGGUGGCAGUCGCAAUCACCCAGCUCGGUCAAAGUUGCAGCCUGCGACCUCUAAACCACCUGCAAUCUCUAGGCCUCCUCCUCCUCUUUCAAUUGUUUACUUGCUUAUUAACGAUGGUUCUUGUGUUGCCAGUCUCCAGUUUACGAUAGAGUUCUCUGAUGCCUUCCCAAUUCGACCACUGCCCAUUGGAACUUGUAUAUUAGCGGAAGGAGUCUUAAAUCAGUUACCAGAUCAGCAGGGAAAAAAUAGUAUUGAGUUUAAAGUAAAGAAAUUCCUUCAUAUAGGAACAGUGGAAGACGAUAAGUAUAUAUUAUCAAGGAAGAGAUUGCCACUGGAGACCUUAAGAGACUAUUCUCAUUUUAGGCCUCGGACAACUACGGUGGCAUCUGUUAUGCGAAUCCGUAGCGCCUUGGCUUUUGCAACUCACACGUUCUUCCAAAAUAAUGGGUUUCUUAGUGUGGAAGCGCCCAUUAUAACAACCACAGAUGAAGGAUUUGGUGCAAAGUUCCGGGUCACUACACUUGCUGACAAAGAAGUUAAAAAGGAGGAGCCAAAAAUCACUGAUGAUACUGAAGGUGUUAGUCUUGAAGACGUCAAGGCUGCCAUAAAGGAGAAGAAUAAUCUAAUUCAACAGCUCCAGAGAAGUGACAGCAACAGCGAGGCAUUGCUUGCUGCAGAGCAGGAUUUGCUCAAGACAAAUCAAUUGGCAUCACAUUUAGAAGAGAAACAAAAGCUUAGAUUGGAAACUUUGAUGAAAGCUGCUAAAGCUGAUAAGCCUGAAGAUUUCUUCUCUCAACAUACUUAUUUAACAGUUUCUGGUCUCCUUCAUUUGGAGAGCUAUGCAUGUAGUCUUGGAAAUGUCUAUUCAUUUGGACCCAGGUUUCGAGCAGAUAGAAGCGGAACUGAAAAACAGGUGGCAGAAAUGUGGAUGGUUGAGACUGAAAUGGCUUUUUCAGAACUAGAGGAUGCCAUGAACUGUGCAGAAGACUAUUUCAAGUUCCUCUGCAAAUGGGUCUUGGAGAAUUGUUCAGCAGACAUGAAGUUUGUUUCAAGACGCAUUGACAAAACCAGAACCAAUCUUCUUGAAGCAAUGAUAUCAUCUUUUUAUGAAAGGAUUACCUAUAUGGAAGCAGUAAAUGUUUUGAAAAAGAUUGCUGAUAGAAAAUUUGAAACUCAACCAGAAUGGGGCACUGAAUUAACAUCUCAGCAUCUAAGUUAUUUGGUUGAUGAAAUCUAUAAGAAGCCUAUAAUGGUGUACAACUUCCCAAAAGAUUUGAGGCCAUUUUACGUGCGAUUGAAUGAUGAUGGAAAAACAGUUGCAACAUUUGAUCUGGUUAUACCCAGGGGUGGAAAAUUCAUCACAGGUAGCCAAAAGGAGGAACGCUUUGAUUUGCUAAAUGAAAGGAUAAGCGAACUAGGCUUGCCCAAAGAGCAGUAUGAAUGGUACUUAGAUCUUCGACGAUAUGGAACAGUGAAGCACUCUGGUUUUACUGUUGGGUUUGACAUUAUGGUUCUCUUUGCUACUGGAAUUCCUGAUGUCAGAGAUGCAAUUCCAUUCCCCAGAAGCAGCGGCAAACUUAACAACUAAACAGGAUACAAGAAAGAAUCAAACCUCCAACAAAUGAAUAUCAUUCACAAAAAGGCAAAAAUCACAUGUAAUAAAAUCACUGUAUAAACUAGAUUGUGCAAUCAUGAAAGACACAAUAGAAAUGGAAAUUAUUAUUUGAUUCAA